AUGAAUCGACCCUCGUUUUCUGCUCCCGGAUCGAUGUUGGAAGUGGACGACUGGGCGUGCAAAAGUACUCUCAGAGAAUCAGGUUCACUCUUGGGAGCCAGCAAAGAAACGCGCCUCCACCAGAGAAAGCACCGCAAUCGGUUUGUCCAAUCAUCCGUAAUUAUUCUUGAGGAGUGGUUGCUAGUCAAUCGCAAAUUCCCAUAUGCGUCGCAAAAAGAUCAAGAUGAGCUCAAGGCAAGGACCGGCCUCAAGCGAAGCCAGAUACUAAGCUGGUUAGCAAAUGCGAGGAAAAGAGGCAAAGCUCGGCCCAGUCCAAUAGAACAGCAGUCUCCUUCUAUGCAUUCUUCGUCACAGUUCCCCCCUAACCUCCGGCAUCUACAUCCAUUCGAACGAUGGCUAUACUCGGGACCUGACACCGAAUUUGCUCCCCCAUCGGAGAUUUUGAAAGCCAUCAGCAACAACCAGCCAACUGUUCGUCCAGAAUCUCGAUCAACAGGGCAUCGGCCGCACAGUGCCGAUUGGCUUUAUUUUCAUGAAUGUUUAUCCAAUGCAAGCAGCAUGGAGGUCAGAUCUUACGCUGCAAAUGCCAAGUCUGUUUGCUCUGAUGAAUGGAAAGACCCAUUGGACCCUCAGACGACAAGUGUGUUGAAGCGUCGACACCGCCGCCCAAGUUCCAAACCAGGCAUUAGCAUUUCCAGCAGCGAUCUCAAUAAUGGAAGAAUAUUUCAAUGCACAUUCUGCGCGGCAACUUUCAAGAAGAAGCAUGAUUGGGAGAGGCAUGAGAAGUCUCGGCACCUUUUACUUGAAAGCUGGACUUGUUGUUCCAAUGGUAGCGUUCAUGUCAAUGGAAUUACAAAUGAAAUCACUUGCGUGUUCUGCGGACAGAAUGAUCCUGAUUCUGAACACAUUCACGCGCAUGGGUUUACACAAUGUGUAGCGCGCCCGGUUCGGGAAAGGACCUUCACGAGAAAAGACCAUCUGCGCCAACAUUUACGCCUUGUACAUGAUGGAUGCACAUUUCACUCCUCGAUGGAAUCAUGGAAGAAUGGAAAGAGCGAACUAAGCUCCCGUUGUGGGUUCUGUACCAAGACCUUUGAUAAGUGGAAGGAUCGGGUCUCUCAUAUUGCGCAUCAUUUUCGCCAGGGGGUGCUCAUGUCAUCUUGGGUUGGUGACUGGGGGUUUGAGCCGGAGGUUUCGAAACUUGUCGAACAUGCUACCUUGCCAGAAUUAAGAUCAUCGAACAAAACUUCAAUUGCAGGUAAUGCCGUGGCUGGGGAGCUUAUGAAUGCUGCUAUAAUUGAGAGCCCGGAGUUUGACUUCGAUGGUCCUUUUGAAAGUGCCAACUGUACCGAUCAAUUAGGAAUCAACGAAGGGAGUCGUCUUUGUGCAUUUCCAUUUCUGGCCCUCGAAUCCCAUGGGAUAAAAAGUAGUUCUCAAUUUCAUGAGGCCAUUGACGAUCCUAUCAGUGUCAACUGGCUAAUCGAUGACCGUCGAUCUGAAACCAUUACAACAAGUAGUGGAGAACAGAGCCAAGGCAAUGAAGGAGAAAUGGACAUGCAUUUUGCAGAUUGGCCUUCUUAUUUAGAUCUGGACCCCUUUGAAUCGGAGCCGUCUGCGUGUUCUCCUAGCAACAUUAUUUCUGCGUACUCUCCUCAAGCCUCAGCUGUUCUACAGGAUACAGCCGACUUGUUAUAA